UUUUGGAGGUUGUUCUGUAAAAGAAAAGCUGCAAGGAAAACAACGACUCGAAGCAACAGAAUAGGAAAUCAACCAACGACUCAAAGUCCGUUUCCACGCCAAAAAAGUAGCGCAUGCGUGUACUUUAUUUGGCUUUGUCAGCUGAUCAGACAUUCUUCGGAGUAUAGAAAGAAGGAUUAACCAAAGGUGAAGUUGUAGAAGGUUAUGAGGACUUCUGUGAAAACUCCAAAAAAGGUGAAGUUGUAAAAGAAUAUGAGGACUUCUGUGAAGCCAUCAUUGAUUCUUUGCAGUGCCAUCGCAGGCUCUGUGCACUCCGGCUUCUGGAAGUUGUUUACUCCACAUCUCAGGUGUUUUUCGGCAUCUAUUAGCACACAACAAAAACACAGACCUCAUAUAGGUAUUGUGGGCAGUGGUCCUGCGGGUUUUUACACAGCGCAGCAAAUUUUGAAGUCCCAUGAUGAUGCUGUGACUGAUGUUUAUGAACGUCUUCCAGUCCCAUUUGGCUUAGCAAGAUUUGGAAUUGCCCCUGAUCAUCCUGAAACGAAGAAUUGCAUAAACCAGUUCACAACUACAGCCCAGUCUGACAGAUGUACUUUUAUUGGAAAUGUAAAUGUUGGAAAAGAUGUGAAACUAACUGAGCUACUCCAAGCUUAUGAUGCUGUUAUCUUGUGUUAUGGGGCAGAAGAUGACAGGACAUUUGGAAUUCCUGGUGAGGAUUUACAUGGAGUUUAUUCAGCAAGAGCAUUUGUGGAAUGGUACAAUGGAUUGCCAGUUAACUCACAACUAGACCCAGAUCUGAGUGCAGAGACUGCAGUUAUAUUGGGCCAGGGUAAUGUUGCUCUUGAUGUUGCAAGGAUUCUACUCAGUCCGUUAGAACAUUUGGAGAAAACAGACAUUUGUGAUCAUGCCUUGGAACUGUUGAGAAAGAGUCAAGUAAACACAGUUUAUAUUAUGGGUAGGAGGGGUCCUUUGCAAGUGUCCUUCACUAUCAAGGAAUUGCGUGAAAUGACUAAGUUACCAGGUUGUAAGGCUAUGUUUGAUCCUCAAGACUUCAGAGAAAUACAAGAAAAGCUCUCUAGCAUUCCAAGACCUCGCAAGAGACUGAUAGAACUAAUGUGUAAAACAGCAUUAGAUGGAGGUGCCGCACAAAAUUCAAGGCACAAAAAUUGGGGGCUUAAAUUUCACAGGACUCCCGUCGAGUUUCUGUCUGAAUCAGGAAAAGUAUCGGGAAUAAGAUUUGAGGUCAACAACUUAGUUGAGCAGAGUGAUGGAACAUUUCAAGCCCGUGGCAGUGGCGUUUAUGAGGAUUUACCAUGUGGUUUGGUUUUUCGUAGCAUCGGAUACAAAAGUAUUCCAGUGGAUGACGAAGUUCCGUUUGACAUGAGAAAAGGUGUCAUCCCCAACAUUAAUGGAAGAGUAAUAGAAGCAAACAAAGAUGUGCCCUUAAUUCCAGGUCUGUACUGUAGUGGCUGGGUCAGAAAUGGACCUGUAGGUGUUAUCGCUACCACAAUGAACGAUGCCUUUCAAACAGGAGAGCUUGUGGUACAGGAUCUAAAAUCGGGUGAGUUUUCUUUAAGACCUGUUUAAUAGGGAAUGAAUGACAAGGCGGGAGAGGUAUAAGCGUGUUCCAACCAGAAUUUUCUUUUGUGUCUCUCUUGGUUUGAAGGCAACAUAAAGACAAAAGUAGAUGCAGUUAAAGGAUACGAGGCGAUUAAAAGCUUACUGAACUCAAGAGGUGUCAGGCCCGUGUUCUUUGAUCAAUGGCGCAAAAUUGAUCAAGUUGAACAACAGAGAGGAAAAGAACGUGGAAAACCUCGCGAAAAGAUUGUUUAUGUGCACGAAAUGUUGAACAUUGCUUAUGAAAAUAACCGAAGCUAGUAAUGACUGAGCAUGCUCAAGGGAUACUGCUUUGAAAUUGUGAAGAGAAGUUACAGGUUAAUGAAGAGAUUCAAAGGGUUUAGACAUCGUUAAAGUGUUCAAGUCUCGGUGAAUCAAUGAAGCUCAAAAGAGGAUCUCCGUAGAGCGGGGGUCUUGGAAAAAUUUAAGAAACUUCAAAUACUAGAAAACUCAACUUACUUGCGGAAGAUCUGAAAAAUUUUUUACAAGAAUAUAGCUCUUAAAAUCCGCUGCUUUUAAAA